AUGGAGGCAGGAAGUAGCAAGGAUGAACCACGAAGUUGCUUCGGGCGAUUGCGGCGAAAACUGACGGAACCGCACGGCCAUUCGGGCCAUUCUCUAUUCAGGAAAUUCCGCUUCGCGCUGUCCUUGUUUAGUUUGUUCCAUAUCUUGGCAAUCAUCGGAUCAGCUAAAGAUGUGUACCUGGAAAAAUUUGGAGCAGAUGCGACAAUCAUGGGUUUAUUGUUCUCUGUUAUCUCAUUUUGGAGCCCGCUGACGGAAUGCUUGGUCGGCCAUCUGCAGGACCGCGAAGUGUUGCGGCGCUGUUUUCCAGUCGAAAGCUGGGGUCGCAGGGCCCCCUUCUUGGCAACCCACUGUAUCAUAGCCGCAAUGGCCGCCAGUGUUGUGUACAUGCCGCCAAGCAAUGCCACAGGACCUUUAGAGGUGUGGUUUGUGCUUGUGCUGAUGUUGUCCUAUUGGGGUGCCUCUUCCUGUGUGAUCGCUUUCGAAGCCGCGCGGCAGGAGAUUUACCCUUUCAAGGAGGAGCGCAUUGUGGUCGAAGGCCUGUGCAAGUAUACGAUGAUGAUGGGUGGGGGAUGUGGAGCAAUACCAGUUCUCGUGCUGAUGGCCGAUGCUUCAAUGCUGCACCGUUUGCUCUUCGUGUUCUACAUUCUCCUGUUUGGCUUGGUUAGCUUGGAGGCGGUUCCAAUCUUCCGUGAUGCUGUGGCGGCUCCUCUACCCGAAGUUCCAUCAGAGGCGCACGAAGUCCAAAGUGCCGCUGGCGAAGUUGGGGGCGUCCUACAGAUCUUGUGCGAGGUAAUGCCGCGGAUCGGAUGUUGCAGACGUAAGGACCAACGACCACCAAAUAUGGCCUUUCGCCAUUUGAUGGCGGUCAAGUUCUGGAAUGGAGCUUAUGGAGCAUCCAUUGGAUCCACGCUCUUUUACUAUGUCACGUACGUCCUGCGCCUGGGUGGUUGGGAGCGUAUGCAGGUCAUUGUAGGUGGUGGUCUUCUGGCCGGGCUGACGGAGGUCAGCCUCAACUGGAUCUACAUGCGAAUCUUUAGUGCUGGAGAUGUGAGGCUGGACAUGACUGGAAAGACAGACCGUCGGUUAUUGCGAUACGUGGUGUUUUCUCGAUUCUGCAACGCCGUGGCGACAUUUGGGAUUAUUGGAUGGGCUGAGCCCUCCAUCUUUAUGGUGUUCCUGUGGGCCGUUACGACGCGAUUUGGCUUGGCCAGCUUUUCUUUCUGGCGCGUCUCUGCGCAGUGCUGGCUGGUGGAUGAGGACUGCAUCUUUGGCGACGUGCCGGGCCGGCGUCGCCAAGGUGUGAUCUUCGGGGCGCUGGCCAUGACUCAGAACUUUGCAGGCGCCAUUUUCUCCUCGCUGACUUUCCUUGGCCUGGGGUUGGCAGGCCUGGAGACUGUGAACUGCGAGGCUGAAUGCAAGCACCUCUCCACCAAACAAAUUGUUGACUCAACUGGGGCCGUGGGUGAAUGCAUCGACACAUGCUUCCUUGGAGUAAUUGCCAUGCAGCCUGACAGCUUGCGCUGGUAUGUUCGAGCCGUGAUCGGCUUUUGGGCGCCUCUUUGCGAGCUCAUGGUGGCGUUCCAUGCGUGGAAGUUUCCGAUCAAGGGCGCCAGGCUCCGUCGACUUUACGCAGGAAUCAGCCAGAGCCGGGGUGAGGAGAUCAAUUUGACAUUGGAGGAUACAGGAACGCCCCACACCGGUAAGUCCAAGAUUGUCCUCAGCGUGGAGGCCACCAAGAGCAACAACUCCAACAAGAUGCGCCGCCAGAACACUGAUUCAGACGGUCUGCUAUGGAGGUUGGCACAUACCACUGCGCUCGUAGAUUCGUGGCCGGGAGCGAAAUCCUUGUCAGUCCUGUUCGACAUCAACGAGGCAGCCCCAUUGGAUACUCGGCGGAGCUCCUGGGCUUGUAGACAAGAACACACCUUUGGCAUAGCAGUGGGGCUUAGAAAAACAAAGCCAGACCACAAAACCGGCAGGUUGCAAAAUGCAACAGUUGAAGCUUCAUGA